AUGACAGAAUCGACGGCCGCAUGUGUAGCCGAUGCAUCGGCGGAAGUUGGAGUUCCACCGCUACCCCAGCGGCGGCCGAGGGUGCGGGAAGUCAGUUCGCGAUUCAUGUCACCUUUGGUUCAAUCCAACGCAACCCCAACUCCUGCACCUUCUGAAAAUCCGCGAUCCAAAUCCGUCCACCGCAGGCAAUCAUCACGCGACGAGAAUCAAGUACCGGAAACCACUUGUAGCUUAGACACCCCGCUCGUUCCACCCCACACUGUUUCCCACAAUAAAUCUUUAGGAACAAAUAGUGUAUCUACUGUUCAGAAGAAACAGCAGCAACUGCGGUUGAGGCAUUUUAAGGAAAAUGGGGAACAAAAUCAACAGCAGCAGGCGGCUUCGGGUGUUAGGGUUUCUUCGAGGCCGGACACUCCGAUUGCGAUUGGUACCGAUCGGAUUGUCCCGUCGCGGUACAGGCAAACUCCGCAUAGUGUAAAUCGUGGCAAUCAGAUGAAUAGUAGCAAUGGAUGCUCGGCUGUUACGGCUGCCACAAGGCUAUUGCAAGAAGCGACUUCUGGUAACAAUUACAGAGAAACUGUGGACAAAAAGCUUUCUAGAAUUUCGACAUCUAGAUAUGAUGAUUCGGAUUCUUGCAGUACUGCUAGUAGUCAGGGUAGUUCUUCGUGCCCCAAUUCUCCUCUGUUUUUGCAGACUACCAAGGCCCGGAAUCUUCCUGAGAUGCGCUCUUCUGUGCCAGAUGUCGAUAAAUGGCUUGCUGAGAGGAAUUCUUGCAAUGUAGGUAGAGCCUCUAGUGAUUGUGCUCGUUCAUUGAAUUUUUCAUCGUCUGUAAAGAUGGGCGGAAGUCUUUGCCUGCCUCCACAUCCAUCAUCGUGUGUGAGACUGGGAGUUGAUGCGAGGAAAGGAAGGAAGGUCUCUAAUCAUCAAGAAGAUGUACAUUCUCUCAAGAUGCUUUGCAACCAUUAUCUGCAGUGGCGAUUCAUGAAUGCAAAAGCAGAGGCUACUGUUAAUGUUCAAAAAAGGGAAGCUGAGAUAAAACUUUAUUCUCUGGGAAGAAAGAUAUCCGAUUUACGUGAUGAAGUGAAAAAGAAGCGCUGUGAACUUGGGAUACUGCAAGGAAUUAAGACUUUAUCCAUGAUUGUUGAAGCGCAAGUGCCAUAUCUGGAUGAGUGGUCUGCUUUGGAAGAGGACUACUCAACUUCUUUAUCAGGCAUAUCUAAUGCUUUGCUCAAUUCCUCACUAAGAGUUCCGGUCAGUGGGGAAGUCCAGGUUAAAGUGAAAGACUUGCAAGAGGCUUUUAACUCAGCUGUAAAGGUGAUGGAACUGAUAGGUUCCCAUGUCCAGAGAUUUAUGCCAAAGGCUGAAGAGGUGGAUACCUCAAUUUCUGAACUAGCUCGGGUGGUUAGUGUAGAAAGAGCCCUUAUUGAGGAAUGUGGGGACUUACUAUCCAAGGAUUAUACAACACAGGUGAAAGAGUGCAGCCUAAGGGGGGCUCUGAUCCAAUUACACGGGAGUAAUAAUUGUCAAGCGCAGCACGAGUGA